AUGGCCUUGCCACUGCCGCCAGGCCUCGUGCCAGCCGAGGUCGCCUUCGUCUGCGAGAUGGAGCUCGUGACCGUGGUGCCACGUCAAAGACUCGAGCCCAUAGAUCUCCUCAGUGGCGAGACUCCGGCCCUCCGACCCCCGCACCGCGCACACAUACCUCUCUGGCUCGCCCUUCUUCUCAAGAAGCAGCGCCGAGCCAACAUCGUGCCUCCGCCAUGGCUACAUCCAGCGUCUUUACAAGACAUUGUCAACUACGAAACGACAAUCGAACCCGCGGCCUUCUCCCCACCACCUCCACCGCCAAUGCGCUCCGACGGCCGCGGAGGCGCAAGGCCCUUCGGCCGCACGAGCGGCAACACUACUACCGACCACCACCACAAGCCCGGCGACCUGCUCCUCUCACCCCCGUUCCUACCGUCCUGCACCGCCGACGCGCCCUACGGCCACCUCCCCUACCACUGGCUCGAGGUCAGCGAGACCUUGCUAGCCCACGCGGCCGACGACAUCCCCAGCGCGGCCGAGGUGCGCACCCUGCUGCGCGACCUGCAGGAGGUCCGCGCCGCCAAGAUGCGUGGCUCCACGGCGCAGCUGCAGGCCGGCGACGGCGUGGUGCCCCUGCGCGGCGUCGGGGCCAUGGAGCUCAGCGAGGCCCGCGGAUUCGUGGGCGGCGUGGUCGAGGGCGUGAGGAAGCUCGGCGCCAGUGCCGAGGCGACCCGCCGCGAGGAGGAGGAGGAGCGGGCCCGGGACGGCGGUGGCGAUGACAGCGAGGACGAGAUGGACUUCCAAUGA